UUGCUCAGCAGACCACAGGCGGCUCUGCGAUGUCCAGCCAGGCUACGGGUACGCCUCGGGGGCAACAACGGUCCGCGGCUCCGCCGGUCGCCCGUGCCACAGACGACCUCCUGGGCGACAGCGACGUUCAAAACCAGGAGAGUAGCAGUUUCACCAAUGACACGACCGAGCUGGCGAACAUGAGUAAUCAGAUCGGCAAUCUCCGCGGGCAAAUGGAACAGACUCAGACCAAAAAGUCGACCACGCAAGCAGAACUCGCAGCUGCGAACGCGCAGAAGAGUGACCUGGAGAUCCGCUUGAAGCAAUUCCGUCAGCAGUCAAGAGCUUGCGAUGCUGGAGGGUUCCUACCAAGAUCUGCAGACCCGCCGCGAAUCAACCUCUCAGGCAUUGCAGGCAGACCAACGCGAGAACACCGAUCUCAAAGCACGCAUCUCGCACCUCAACGCCGAGGUCGCCAGAUUGAAGACCGAGGUCGAGAAGAUGAAACUCGAUGCGAGGCAGCAGAAGGGUCUCGUGAGCAUAAACAAGAAGCAAAUCGCCACCAACGAGAACGAGCGAGAUCGUCUCCAGAAGGAACGGGAGGAUCUUGAGAAGCAAGCGCAAGCCGCUGCCGAACAAUCUCGCGCCGUGACCUCGCCCGAUAUCAGCGCUCCCGCCACCACAGCAGUGCCGCUGGCAAGCCCCGCAGAAUCGCUCAGCACCACCAACCCGUUCGCCCGCAAGGCCGGACUCGAGGCCGGCAAUGAGCGUGCAUCAAGCCCAUUCACGCCCUUGUCAACUGGUUCCGCAUCGGCGGCGAGCGCCUUCGAUGCAUUGUUCGGCCCGGCAUCGACCGCGAACGCGGAGUCGGACCGGACGAAGCUGAGCAACGGUUCACCCCCAGUGACGACCUUUGGCCGCGCAUCCACAUCGACGGCCGAUGAUUUCACUCUUCCGGACUCGAAGCGGAAUGACCCGAAUGCUGGUGAGCCGACCCUCCCCGCGACACCGCCAUCGGCUGACCGGGUGAAGGACGGACAGUAUCCGAUUGACGCAUCGUCGCCCCCACCUCCGCCGGAGGGUAGACAAUUCACGGCGUCCCAACUUCCCAUCAUCAAUCUCGAGCACAAAGCUCAUGACAGUGAGACUCGUUCAACACACGUGAUGCCUCCAGCCAGCCGGGCAGGCGAGCCAGACAACUCCUCCGAAUUCACCCCCACACCGGGUACCAUUUUCGGAUCCGGAAACGGCGCCGAAGUCAUGCCGGGCGCCUUUCCCGCCGCCCCAGCCUCGGGACCUCCUACUUCUGUGGGUCGCCCUCAGUCCGCCAAGGAUGACUUCGAUGCUGCCUUUGCGGAUUUUGAAGAGGACCAGCAAUCACGUGCGUUGGCUUCUAGCUCGAAUCUGGGCCCAAAUCAUAAUGCGUCUGGCUCCAGUAGAUCCGCCCCCGAGUUCCCUCCUAUUCAAACUUUGGAGCACGACGACGAGGACGACGAUAGCAGCGAUGAUGAGGACGAUGACGACGACGACGCCGAAAACAAGGUACACACGGGCUUCGAAGAUGAUUUCUCCUCAGCCUCUGCUGCCAAGGGCGCUGUUGCUGGAUCAGGUACAGCCCCGGCCACGUCGAACACUAUCGCCGCUCCUGUCCCAGAAGCACCGGCGACACCGCUACCAGCAGUCGAUGCGCAGCGUUCACCGCCGACCUAUGAGGAGAGCCAUCAACCCAGUCACGGCGGGAGUGCCGUCUCAGCCACCCGAGAUGCCGUUGAAUUCAGCAAUGCUGGUCCUUCCGCUUCUGAUGUCGAACGCUCUCUGGUUGCUCCUUCGCGGACGAACACUGUCGAUGUCUUCCAUGACGCAUCUAGCCGGCCCAUAAGUGGCGCAACGGAGACCAGAGCAGUCACCGACGGGGACCAGGCCAGCACAAACACAGACAUUCUGGAUGAAUUCGACGACUUCGCAGAUCUGGCAGAAGCGAAGGAGGUCGACAAGAGCGCCAGCAACGACAUCGACUUCGGUUUUGACAGAGCUGAGACAGCAGAGUUCAAUCCAGUCUUCGAUUCGCCUGCCGCUAGCACGACGAACACGGUCGUCUCUUCGUAUCCUACGCCUGUCGCCUCUUCCCGAUCGACUGGAGCACAGGAAAACUCUACAGGCGGGCUCCUCCCAUCCAAGCCGGCGGUGCGUGCAUUGGACUACGCAAGCAAUGGUGGCAGUGAUGAGCAGAGCUCGAAAGCAUCGCAGCAUGACUGGGACUCGAUUUUUGCAGGGCUGGACAACACCAAAUCAAUCGACCUCUCAAGCGAUCCCUGGUCAUCUGGGGGAUCGUCAGCAGGCAAACCCGCGCCCGGCGUGUCCCAGACAAAACCUCAAUACGGGACCGCCAUCACUCCUGGCACCGAGCAUGACGAUCCCAUUUUGAAGAGAUUGACCGGGAUGGGCUACCCGAGGAAAGCAGCGUUGGAUGCACUCGAACAGUAUGAUUAUGACAUCAACAAGGCUGUAGACCACCUGUCGGGCUAGACUGGGCCCAAGGCAUAGCAAUGCGAUGUAUAAACUUUCAGAUUUAGAUGCUGUCAUUUCUUUCCACUAUCCUCUAUAAUUUUUGUUCAGAAUCAAUGCUACCGAAGUGCUUGGUUCGUUGGGCCAUCCGAAUUGCGACAGCCACAUUGUAUCCUUGGCCGACACGCCGCGUAUUGAAAAUCGUGAGCUCUGACCAUCACCGCCCCGGAGCUUGAAAAGGGGCCCGGACCCAAGCCAUGAUGCCCUAUUCCACUUUUUCGAAAACGAAGAGCGCUUCGUCUUUACCAGCGAAACUGUAUAGCUUGUCAGCGGUGAUCUGUUGAUCCUCGGUA